AUGAAUAAUCUUAACAUUGUAUUUAUCAUAUUAUUGGAUCCUUUAUUUAUUAUUUAUUUACCCAAAUAGGCGCUUUUCGAUAAUUUUGAGUCUUUUCAAUAAAUUUUAAUUCAAACUAUUUUGAAUUAAAAAAAUGUAUUUUUCAUUAAAUCUAUUUUUCUUAAAUUUGAGAUCAGCAUAUCAAUUAGUCAGAAAUAAGAUUGGAACAAUAAUAAUAAAUGUAUUUCAUUUUAAACUUAUAUUUUUGAUUUAAUUGAAUAGGAAGAGGAUUAGUAUAUUUAACUUCUCUAAAAAAAUUCCAAUUUAUUUGAAUCCUCAUAUAAAAAUUGGUUUAAAUUUUGAUUGGAAAUAAUUUAGAAUACUUUAAAAAAUUAUUAUUUAAGUAAGCUAAGGACUUCUAAGAUUUAGUUAGAAGAAGAUAUUAGCACUUUUAACAAGAAGAUAAAAGAAUAAAUAUAAUAAUCCUCUUCGAAAUAUAAGUAAUCAAUAAAAUGAAAUUUAUUUAGAAUUAAGCAACUUUCAAUUAAAUGGAAUGUCGAAUCCAAAGAAUUUAAAAGUUUAUUUGGGAUAAAGAUCGUCCACAUAUUUAAGUAAGCUAAAUACCAAAUUGCAAUUACAGAUAAUUAAGAAAUAUAAUAUACAAUAGAUGGGGAAAUAAGAACAAUAUAAUCUAAAUAGUUCUAUUUAAUCACAAUUGAUGAACAAUAUAGAAUAAAAAGAUUUCGUAAUUGGUCUGGAAAAUAUGAAUAAAAUAAUCAUAAAAUUGUGAAGUGGAACACUUUUUGGCAAGGUCAACUUUUAGAUAAUGUUAGAGGUGAGUAGAAGUUAGUGUUAUAAAUAGACUAUACUUAGAUGAUGGUAGUUAAUCAGGCUAUUGGAAACAACCCAUAAAAAAUUAUUGGAGGUAAUGCCUUUCAUAAGUCAUAAAUAGUUUAGCCUAGGUAUAUGAAGUAGGUGAAUACCAAAAUGACAAGAAAAAGGGAACCUGGAAAUUCAUUUAAAAGGAUUGACAUACGUAUUUCAUAUACUUAUUAAUUCUAUAGAGGUGGAGGAGAAUACAACUGUUUUGGUGAAAAAUAAGGAAAAUGGGUAGAUAAAUAUGACAAUUUUUUUGAAAACUCUUAGGUGAUCUAUGUAGGUUAUUAUAAUGUGAUUGGUAAGAGGAUAGGUAGAUGGGAUAUAUUUUGUAAAUACAUGGGAUAAAAAUAAUAAACGUAAAUAACAAAUAAAUAAGUUAAAGGAAUUUAUUAUUUGUGGUUAGAGGUGGGGGAUUUAACAAUGAAGAAGGAAAUGAGAGAAAGAUUGGAAAAUGGGUAGAUUUAGACUUUUACUAUGAAAAAUAAAUAACUUAUGAGGGUGAAUACAACUAGAAUGGUCUGAAGGUAGGUAAAUGGGAUACUAUGAAUUUAUGAGG